UUGCCGUGGAAACUGGGGUCGAAAAUCAGGCAGGGGUAAUGUCAAACGUUUGGUAAUUUCUUGGUGGAAGUGCUCCUUUGCUCCUGGUGGUGUUUUAACCCCAUCUAGCGCCAUCUACGGAUGGUACUUCUGUCUACCAAAUAGACAGAAGUACCAUCCAAUGAAAGAAAAAAAAACAUGGGCUUGAGGAAAAAUAGAAAAACCAGAGUAAAACCACAGUAAUAGAGAAGACAUGGUUGACACGGAGGAGAUCCAAGUGAGUUUUCCAUAUGACAAUUCUGGUGAGGAUCCAACAAAAACUGCCUCAGAUGUUCAAGAUGAGAUAAGCAGAGAAGACACUCAAAACAGCUGCAUGAAGAGACUGGGCUGGCAAGUCAUUUUGAUUGUGAUUCUUGUGGUGCUCUUUAUCAGUGUGACCGGAGUCCUUGUUAUUCAGAUAAAUAAACACCCAAGUGUACCAGCAGAAUCACAGCAUACAGCAAAGGAGAUACUCACUGCAUGGAACAUCAGUGCACUGCUGGAAAUAGAGAACAGUCAGCUGAAGCAACUUCUGAACUCCACUUAUCAAAACUUCACCUCUCUGAGAAGUGAGUAUGGCCAGCUGAAGCUGCUCAUGAACGCCACUCUGUACAACUUCACUUUGUUGUCAGCUAAAAAAACACAGAUGAGCAUGCUCUUGAAGAGCAUAUUGCAAGAGAAGACACAGUUGCAAGUGGAGAACGAAGAGCUAAAUAUGCUCCUGAAUUCAACCCUGGAAAACUGCAACCUCAUCAAAGAGGAGAAUGGACAACUGAACCAGCUUCUGAACGAUUCGCUGAAAAUCAUCACUUUGGCAUCUGAGGAAAAUAAACGCCUGCGCCAACUGUUAAUCAAUGAACGGGAAACCAACACGCAGCUGAAAACAGUAAAUCAACACCAGCGUUCAAUCCUGUUCUCUGAUCGUCUGUCCUUCCUCUGGGGAUUCUGCAACAAGAGCACGCUGCAGUGUUCACGAUGCCCACGCGGCUGGGUCGAGCACGCCUCUCGCUGCUUCUUCCUGUCCCAAGAAAUACAGAAGUGGGAAAUUGCUCGCCGUGACUGCCUUGAUAGGGGUGGUGACUUGGCUGUUGUUUUGAAUGCUGAAGACCAGGCAUUCUUGACCAAUUUAACUUUUCAGUUCGUACAGGCUCACCCUCAAGUAAACUUCCACUCAGCGUGGAUCGGGUUGCAGGAUAUGGUGAAGGAGGGCACCCAUUUCUGGAUCAACGGCAAACCACUCAAGUCAGGUGUCAUUUACUGGAAGCAACUGGAGCCAAACAAUGCCCUUGCCUCUUGGGACAAACACAACACAGGACAGGACUGUGUUGCCAUUGUGCCACCGAGACGCAUUGGGCAGAAGGGUUGGUUAAACUCCUGGGAUGACAUUGUUUGCGGUGGCAAACGGCACUACCUGUGUGAGACCACAGCUCUCAAUGUGAUCUGACUGACAGAGCUGGGAUGUAGCAGUCUUCUUUCAAUCCCCGUCUCCUGAUGUAUGUUGGACUAUGCCUUCUUUCUUGCAAAAUGUGAUUUAUGACUGAAUGUAUUGUGCUAUACAAAUAAAAGUCAGUUUUGGGAUACAAACAUUGACUCAUCAGGUAAC